CAACUAGCUCACCAGUCGUGUCUGCUGUUACAACUUCAACAGUGGCAUCGCAGUUGAUCGCUACGGCUCCCCUUGCCGUUCGCUCGUCGCCAUCUCGGAAAUUUCAGCCAAGUUUACAUCAGCAUAUUGCUUCACCGUUAUUCCCAACUCGUGUUCCAUCGCCGGCUAUUGCAAAUCAACAAAUCGUCAGUGUUGCUUCUACUUGGCCAUCGAGUCAUCCAAGUUUGACACCAUUUUUCGCUCAGCAGCCACCACAACCCGUGUUACUUCAAUCAGCGACGCCUAUGGUUACCCAACAACAAGAUCGUGCCGUAGCUGGACAUUGGCAACCGCCUCAACAGACGCUGCAGCAGCCGUUGUAUCGGAUUCAAAAUCCUGUCCCUUCAGGUGCUUUCGUUCGUGCUGUAGAUCCACCGUUGCCGGAGUCCCGCAUCCUGUUUCCGUUGGUCUCCCGCGUUUCGCCGCUUCAAUACGUCGAGUUUCAUCGGGAAUUAAUCAACCAUCCCAAUCAAGCUAUGGUUCGCUACGUGUUGGAUGGUAUAGCUCACGGCUUUCCGUCGGGUUUUGAUCCUUCACUAGUCUCUUUACGACCAUCGCACCGAAACAUGAAAUCGGCCUUGCAACAUCCCGAUGUUAUCGACAAAUAUUUGGCAAAUGAAAUUUCGCAUGGUCGUGUCGUGGGUCCUUUUGCCUCGCCACCGUUUCCUAAUCUACAGUGCAGCCCGUUUUGGGUCAUUCCAAAGAAAGGCCAGCCUGGUAAACGGCGUCUCAUUCAGGAUUUGUCGUCACCCGAAGGCCAUAGCGUUAAUGACGGCAUCCCCAAGGAUCCUUUCUCGUUGACUUACAUCUCCGUCGAUCAUGCCAUUGCUCGUUUGUACAGCUUGGUCCGGGUGCUCUUAUGGCCAAAUUUGACGUAGAAUGUGCGUACCGUAACAUCGCUCUCAGACCUGACGAACGUUUCUUAUUUGGCAUGUGGUGGCCUGAGUCGUAUUUCGUCGAUUUGGCUCUUCCGUUUGGUCUGCGUUCCGCCUCAUUUAUCUUCAACUCCGUCGCCGAAAUGGUGGAAUGGAUUCUUAAAGCUAAUUAUCGCGUUCGUUUUCUCCUUCACUACCUCGACGAUUUCCUGACCCUUGGCCCCGGCAACUCCACCGAGUGC